UGUGUGUGUGUGUGUGUGUGUGUGCGCGCGCGCGCGCAAGUGUGUAUCCAUCUCGACCCUCACAGCCUGAAUCAUAGCAGAAGGGGGGAAAAUGGACGGAGUGGGGUCUUUCGGUGCUGGAAGAGCUGGGGCUGAAUUCGACCCCAUCAGUUUUAUACAACAGCCGCAGACCAUUCUUAGGAUAUUAGCAUGGAUUUUCUCAAUGGUGGUAUUUGGCUCGAUAAUAAACGAAGGCUAUGUAAACAUCGGAAGUGAGACUCUCCAUUGUGUUUUCAACAAGAACAAUGAUGCCUGCAAUUACGGUAUCACCAUUGGUCUCAUAGCCUUUUUGGCAAGCAUCUUCUUCUUUGUCCUUGACAUGAAGUUCCAACAAAUCAGCAGUGUUAAAGACAGGAAGAAGGCAGUGCUGCUGGAGAUUGGAUUUUCAGGUUUGUGGACGUUCCUGUGGUUUGUAGGUUUCUGUUUCUUGGCUAACCAAUGGCAGCGCACUACACCAGACAAGCUGCCACUGAACCAGGGAGCUGAUGCAGCCAGAGCUGCCAUAGCCUUCUCCUUCUUCUCCAUCUUCAGCUGGGCUGGUCUGACUGUGAGGGCAGUGCAGAAGUAUCUUCUGGGGACGGACAUGUCCCUCUUCACCACAGAACAUCAGGAUGGCAACCAACCUAUCCAGCCGUACCCCACUGUGCCUGGCACAGAGACCACCGAUGUGUACCAGAGUCCACCUUUCACUGAGAAACCGGACUCCAACGCCCCGACUUACCAGGUGCCAAUUUACUAGAGGUACCUAUUAGGGUCCAUGUGCAAUGUAACUGAUCCGUCAAAGGUAGUAUGAAUGCAGGAAGAGGCUCUGGCCUUUCUUCAAGCUGACAUGGUGUGACAGUGUUCAUAGGUAGUGCUGUGCUGUGACCUUCUGUACAAGAGUUUGUCGAUUGUGACUUUUUAUUUAAUUUGGGUCUAUAUGGAUAGUUAAACAUUAAUUUAUCAGGUUGAAUUGGAGGGGAAAUUAAAUAAGACAUCUCUUCUAUGUAUGACAGGAUCUAUUCUGGUCCUUCUAGGUCACCAAAUCAAGGAAAAGUCAGCUAUGUUUUUAAGAAAUAAAGGGAGAACCUAAAAACAGCGUGUGAUUAAAACGUCGGCAUUGUUUACCCUAUGGGAAAGAAAAAUAUGCAUGUGCAACAUAUUCAGAAAGCGUUUAACUGUCAUGCAUCAAAGAUAAUAACUUGAAACAUUACACUGAGUGUUUAUGUGGAGAUAUGAAGUGCAAUAUUUAAAAUAUAUUAAGUAUGAAAGAAGUCUUCAGAUUAUAUUAAAAUAUGUUUACCAGUUACAACCUGCCAAACUGUAUGUUAGAGUGCAGUCUUGCUCAAAUGGAGACGCCAUUGUAGGUACCUGUCUUCUGUGUUGAAGGUUAUCUCAAGCAGCGUGUCAAUUCAGUGCUUAAUUUAGAGAAGGCAGUGGAAGUAUUUGCGUCUGCAUCAAGAAUGCACCGUUCAGUGUUUGUUCAAGUGUACUUUACUAGGUGUACACCACAGACGGUAUAAUUAUGAAAAUAGGGGUUUAAAUCAUGCAGCUCAUGUGAAAUAAUGAAGCAAGCUACUCACAUUUGUUCCAAUAACCUCUUAGCUGCUUAAGAGAAAAAUGUGUAUACAACUGCAAUCAAGAAAGGUGCAGUGUGCCACGAUGAGAACAAUCACACAUGAACAUUUUACUAAAAGCAGACCUAAAAUAGAAUCCUUUUGGCAUAAACAGUCUUAGGAAAAGCUCUUACUCUAAAACACAAAGUCUUGCUGAAUGGUGAGGAAUAAAUUAAAACAUUAGCUGGACAGUAGAGUUUGUUUUUAAGUUGUUAAAAUGAUGUUGUUAAAAUGUUUGGUGGCCAUCAGUGCUUCGUCUGAUAUGUAGUAGGAUAUCACUAACAUUUCUGUGUUCUCAGAUAGGAAAGCCUACAAAAUGAUACUGACUGUAAUUCAAUACAUGACAUAAAUGGAGUGUUUGUGAAAGUGAUCAGGGUUUUGUGUUUCCUGUACCAACACUAAAAAAAAAAAAAAAAAAAAAAACUUUAUGGACCACUGCUUCCGUCCGAUCGGGUCACAUUUAUUGUAGUAACUGCUUGGAAAAAAAUUGCACCAGAAAAAAACUGGAGAUAUCCACUCAUGUACACACAAUGUCUGCUCGUGUUUUUUUUUUUUUUUUUUUUUUUUUAAAUAACCCUCUCAAGUGCAACAUAUGCACAAGACAAAAAGGAUUAUAAAUACAGCCCCAAAACUUACGUUAUGUUCUACUGUAACCUCUGGCAUCAUAUCCCAUCUUGUAUGUUAAUGCUGUACACAAAAGACUUACUGUUGUCAAUUCAAAUGUGUUUGGACUGCAGUCAUUAAAAUAAAAAGAUAUGUUUUUUCAUGAGAA